UCUUGGCAGUUUUUAGUGCUUAGUUUUUGGUAGUUGAAAUUUUGGAAAACUAGGUGAAAGAUUUCAAUAUUUGUCUCUCUCUCUAGUUUCCAAAUUCAUACAUACAAAUUCACAUAUUAAAAUCUCCCCAAGAUGGUGGAAGAAUUCCCGUCCGAUCCAAUGGAGAGAACAGAAAAAAUCAUGAGGAAAUCAGUCUCAACUUUUCUUAAACAUUUUCAUUACUUCACCACAACCCCAGUUCUUCUUGUGCUUCCCUUCUCGUCUUCAGUUCUCAUCUCGCAGCCCCUUUUCAGCUCUUCUGCCUCGUCAAAAUUCAGCUUGUUUUUGAGCCAUGACCACUUCUCUCGAUCCUUCAUUUCUCCCUCAAUCUUCGUCAUACCCUUUGCUCUCUCCUCUCUUCUCAUCGCGAAAGCGUCGGUAAUAAAUCGCCACAAAUUAGCAUCUUCUCAAGCAACCUCUCUCUCUUUCUUGUCCCUCUACAGGCCUCUCCUCCUAACACACCUCCUCAACAUAAUUCUUUGCAUCUCCAUCCACAUAACCUCCACCUUCCUCCUCUUGAUAAUCAUUCAUUCCCUUGGCUCUUUCGGAUUCUUCACCGCCAUUUUCCGAACAGUUUGUGGAAUUUUUCUCUAUGCCUUUGUGACCAACAUAAUACUUCUCUGCAACUUGGCUUUGGUUGUGGCAGGAAUGGAGAAUUGUUCUGGCUGUAAAGCCAUAUACAGAGCUUACUUGUUGAGAAAGGGAAAGAAUUCAAUGGCUCUGAUCUUUUGGGCUUUCCUUACCAAUUUGGGCCUUGCUUCUGUAGAGGCCUUGUUCUGCUUCAGGCUUGUAAGACCUCAUCAAAGGCCAAGUCUGUCCAUUGCUUUGGAGGGAUUGUUGAUUGCUUAUCUAUAUUCCAUCAUAAUUGUGCUCGACACAAUUGCUUGUUGCUUUUUUAUCAAAAGCCGCACACCAGAUUCUUCAACAGAGAAUGGAAAUGGGAUUUAUAAUCAGAUUGAGCUUGUUUGAAAUUACACAAAUGGAUUUUCCUCAAAACACAAAUUGUUCAUCAAAUCAUGGUAGAGUCAGAGGGAGCCACCUCCAAAGAAUCAGAAGACACUGAAGAAAGGGCCCAU